UUUACCACUUCUAAGUUCAAACAGCUAUUCGCUUUUCCUCACAGAUCUCUCAUUAACCAAAUCUUCUUUAAUUAAUUUUAAAAAUUUAGUCAAGUAAUGGGUGAGCAAAAAGGAGCUAAGCCAGAAGCUGAGAAGAAGCCCGCCGCCGAUGCCGGCGCUAAGAAAGACGACGGCAAGAUUAUCUUCGUUUACAAGAUUGAUAUGCAUUGUGAAGGUUGUGCCAAAAAGAUUAAACGCUCUAUUAAACAUUACGAAGGUGUGGAAGAUGUGAAGACUGAUUGUGGAGCCAACAAGUUAACGGUGAUUGGCAACGUGGAUCCUGCCAAAGUCGGGAAUAUGUUGGCCGAGAAAACCAAGAAGAAAGUCGACCUAAUUUCUCCUCAGCCUAAGAAAGAUGCCGCCCCUGCCGCCUCUGGCGGUGGUGAUAAGAAACCCGACGCUGAGAAGAAACCUGAGGAGAAAAAAGAAGCGAAGAAAGAAGAGAAAAAUACUCCAAAAGAGAGUACGGUGGUUUUGAAGAUUAGAACACAUUGCGACGGCUGCAUUCACAAGAUGCGAAAAAUUAUCUUGAAAGUACAUGGAGUUGAAUCAGUGAACGUUGAUGGAGCUAAAGAUUUAGUAACAGUAAAAGGCACAAUGGACGUGAAAGACCUCGUUCCUUAUCUUAAGAAUAAGUUGAAACGCAAUGUCGAAGUGGUUCCGCCUAAGAAAGACGACGACGGUGAGAAGAAAAAAGACGGCGGGGAGAAGAAAGAUGCCGGCAGUGAUACUAAAGAGAAAGGAAAAGAAGCCCCUGCUGCUGCCGGAGGCGAGAAAAAAGAAGGCGGAGAGAAGAAGAAGGAAGGCAGCGGCGGAGAGAAGAAAGAAGGAGGUGAAACGAAGAUGGAAGUGAACAAGAUGGAGUAUCAUGGGUACGGGUAUCCUCCACAGCCAAUGUAUUGGUCGGAGGGACACGUGUAUGACGGUCCGAGUUCGAGUUAUGUGGCGGAAGGGUAUCAUAAUCACCACCAUAACGAGUACGGAUACAUGAAUCAAGGGUACAUGUCUCAUCCCGGGUAUGUUAAUCAAGGGUAUUUGAUGGACCCGCGGCAUCCCCUUCACGCACCUCAGAUGUUCAGCGACGAGAAUCCAAACGCCUGCUCCGUCAUGUAAGACGGUGGACGAUCAACAAAAA